GACAGGCCAAAGUGCCAAACGGCAAGCGAACGGACUCCUCCUAUAAGAGAGGAGGAAGAACUGAAGGGCGGCCAAGCGCCACCACAGAUUCCUUCAUCCGGUCGAUCGAAGCAGCCAGUCCCUGAUCUGCUCGAUUCCAAGAAGGAGGAACCCCGAUCGAUCCCUAGUCUUCUUCGAUCGAUCUCCAUCCCACUGUCAUGGCUGCGGCUCCCAACGGCGGCGCCGUCAGUUCUCUACCGGCGACGGUUCCAGUGGAGGCGGUGCUGUUUGACAUCGACGGGACCCUGUGUGAUUCGGACCCUCUUCAUCAUGUGGCUUUCCAAGAAUUGCUUCUCGCGAUCGGGUACAACAAUGGUGUGCCGAUCGACGAUGAGUUCUUCAUAAAGAACAUUGCUGGAAGGAGCGAUGUUGAAGCUGCUCAAAACCUGUUCCCGGACUGGCCGCUUGAAAAGGGGCUCAAAUUCCUCGAGGACAAGGAAGUCAAAUACAGAAGUUUGGCGAUGGAACGCUUGGAGCCUGUAAAAGGCCUUGGCAAAGUGGUUCAGUGGGUGAAAGAUCAUGGCUACAAGCGUGCUGCGGUAACCAAUGCCCCCAGGAUCAAUGCAGAGCUGAUGAUCAAACUUCUUGGCCUAUCAGACUUCUUCCAGGCCGUGAUCGUCGGAGGCGAAUGCGAGAAGCCGAAACCUGCCCCCUUCCCUUACCUGAAAGCCCUCAAGGAGCUAGAUGUAUCUGCAGCACACACAUUUAUCUUUGAGGAUUCGGCUUCAGGGACAAGUGCAGGCGUCGCCGCAGGAAUGCCUGUCGUCGCCGUGCUGACAAGGAACCCAGAGAAGUCGCUGUUGGAUGCCGGAGCUUCAUUGAUUAUCAAGGACUACGAAGACCCCAAGCUCUGGACUGUGCUUGAAGAGAUCGAUAGAGAGGAAGCCAAGCUGAAGAAUAGUGGAGCGUGAAAUGAUCCUAAUGGUGAUAAACAAGUCGAUUAGAUUCAUUGCCAAGUUACCACUCUUACGAUUAGUAGAGCUCAUCUUGAGCUUUUAUAUUGAUAUGUUUUCUCUUUUCUCGAUUAAUACGCAAUGAAAUAAACAAAAACUCCAGUCUCCCAUGACUUAGGUUGUGUGCGGAUGGGACUUGCGAAAAUUCUGAUUCUGUUGGGCUCUGGAUUAUGACCCUUGUACACUUCAGAUCACUCCAAACUGAUUGGAUUUCUUUUUAUUUAUCUGGAAGAAAUAUACCAGAUGAGAGAUGAUACGAUGGAUGUUGCAAUGA